GAUAAAAAGGAAUGUCGUGGGGACUUUUCUUUUCUGCUUUGGAGGCCCAGGCUCAAGGCAAAUUAUAAGUAGGGAACCAAUCUGAGGGAAAGACAUGUGAACAGAGUUAAGGUACCAGGUCCUGGGAGCGACCAGCAGCCCCACCUGAAGUCCGCCUGCAACUCUGACAAGCUCAGGUGCUUGUUUUAAGGAAAGGGGCUACUAGAUUCUUACGAACAGGGAGCCUAGGUAGGAGAUGAAACAAGGACUCCCCAAAAUAGGUCAUCAGAGGGAGGAAAACUGAUGGAGAGCACAAUAUGCUCUGAGCGUUUUUCAUGUUUUUAAGCUUUUAAAUGAUUUCUUCAAGGCCGAGCAGCAGCAGCAAAGGUGUGGUUUGAUGGAUUAAGAGAGUUUUUGCUGACACCUAGAAUGAAGUUACUCUAUUACUAAUCAAGCCGAGAGAAGGCCCACUAUGCCCCCGUUUAUCAUCCUUUCCCAGUUCCUUUUUGCUGGUCACAAAACGAUGCUCAUCAAUCCCACCUAAAGCAGGAGGCCGGGAGCCCAGCCUCUUGCAGAAACAGCGAGGGUAUAACUGCCCUCCAGUUCUGCCCCCAAGACGAAGGAGGACUCUUGGAAGCCAAGAAAGGUUUAAGAAGUCUCUCUGGAUAGAGAGCAGUGCCCAGGGAGGAAGCCCUUCGCCGGCAGAGCGGGGUCCGAGGACGAGCUGGAGAGGACAGCGGCGCGAUGGGCCUGCUGCAGGGCCUGCUCCGAGCCCGGAAGCUGCUGCUGGUCGUCUGCGUCCCGCUCCUGCUGCUGCCUCUGCCCGUCCUCCACCCCAGCAGCGAGGCCUCGUGUGCUUACGUGCUGAUCGUGACUGCUGUGUACUGGGUGUCGGAGGCAGUGCCUCUGGGAGCUGCAGCCCUGGUGCCGGCCUUCCUCUACCCGUUCUUCGGAGUCCUCCGAUCCAAUGAGGUGGCGGCGGAGUACUUCAAGAACACCACGCUGCUGCUGGUGGGGGUCAUCUGCGUGGCGGCUGCCGUGGAGAAGUGGAACCUGCAUAAGCGCAUUGCUCUGCGCAUGGUCUUGAUGGCGGGAGCCAAGCCGGGCAUGCUGCUGCUCUGCUUCAUGUGCUGUACCACGUUGCUGUCCAUGUGGCUGUCCAACACCUCCACCACCGCCAUGGUGAUGCCCAUCGUGGAGGCCGUGCUGCAGGAGCUGGUCAGUGCUGAGGACGAGCAGCUCGUGGCGGCCAACUCCAACACCGAAGAGGCCGGACCCAUCAGUCUGGAUGUAAAGAACAGCCAACCUUCUCUGGAACUCGUCUUUGUCAAUGAAGACAGGUCCACCGCAGACCUCACCACUCUGAUGCACAAUGAGAACCUGAAUGGUGUGCCUUCGAGCACCAACCCCAUCAAAACUGCAAACCAACACCAGGGCAAGAAGCAACACUCAUCCCAGGAAAAGCCACAAGUCCUGACCCCCAGCCCCAGGAAGCAGAAGCUGAACAGAAAGUACAGGUCCCACCAUGACCAGAUGAUCUGCAAGUGCCUCUCCCUGAGCAUAUCCUACUCUGCUACCAUUGGUGGCCUGACCACCAUUAUCGGCACCUCCACCAGCCUUAUCUUCCUGGAACACUUCAACAACCAGUAUCCAGCCGCAGAGGUGGUGAACUUUGGCACCUGGUUCCUCUUCAGCUUCCCCAUAUCGCUCAUCAUGCUGGUGGUCAGCUGGUUCUGGAUGCACUGGCUGUUCCUAGGCUGCAAUUUUAAAGAGACCUGCUCUCUGAGCAAGAAGAAGAAGACCAAAAGGGAACAGUUGUCAGAGAAGAGGAUCCAAGAAGAAUAUGAAAAGCUGGGAGACAUUAGCUACCCUGAAAUGGUGACUGGAUUUUUCUUCAUCCUGAUGACCGUACUGUGGUUUACCCGGGAGCCUGGCUUUGUCCCUGGCUGGGAUUCUUUCUUUGAAAAGAAAGGCUACCGCACUGAUGCCACAGUCUCUGUCUUCCUUGGCUUCCUCCUCUUCCUUAUUCCAGCGAAGAAGCCCUGCUUUGGGAAAAAGAAUGAUGGAGAGAAUCAGGAGCACUCACUGGGGACCGAACCCAUCAUCACUUGGAAGGACUUCCAGAAGACCAUGCCCUGGGAGAUUGUCAUUCUGGUGGGGGGAGGCUAUGCUUUGGCUUCUGGUAGCAAGAGCUCUGGCCUCUCUACAUGGAUAGGGAACCAGAUGUUGUCCCUGAGCAGCCUCCCGCCAUGGGCUGUCACCCUGCUGGCAUGCAUCCUUGUGUCCAUUGUCACUGAGUUUGUGAGCAACCCAGCAACCAUCACCAUCUUCCUGCCCAUCCUGUGCAGCCUGUCUGAAACGCUGCACAUUAACCCCCUCUACACCCUGAUCCCAGUCACCAUGUGCAUCUCCUUUGCAGUGAUGCUGCCUGUGGGCAAUCCCCCUAAUGCCAUCGUCUUCAGCUACGGGCACUGCCAGAUCAAAGAUAUGGUGAAAGCUGGCCUGGGAGUCAACGUUAUUGGAUUGGUGAUAGUAAUGGUAGCCAUCAACACCUGGGGAGUUAGCCUCUUCCACCUGGACACUUACCCAGUAUGGGCGAGGGUCAGCAACAUCACUGAUCAAGCCUAAUGCAAGUACACAAACUGGCCCAACCACAGGAGCUGCCAGUACCCAGCAGAAUCUGGACCACAGGCAAAGAAAACCACUAGGACCACCAGGAGCACACAACCCCAGACCCACGCCGGAGGGCAUCCCUCCAACAGAAGAUUCCACCACCUCAAGCGAACUGCAGGAAUCCUCCAACAACCACAAACACAUGCUUAGCUGUUAGUGUCUUCUUCUCGCCCUCAGCACCACAGCUCAAGAAAACCUAAAGUUUCAAUACAACCAUAGGCUCACAGAAAAAGAAAAUAAAAAUUAAGUUAAAAAAAGAAGACAAAGAAAA